AUGCCUCCUGCACACAGCACCUCCUACCGACGGGGCUACGUUGCCUGUCUAAGCUGUCGCGCCCGUAAAGUCCGCUGCGUGUUAGGAUCGGAGCCACCAUGCGCCAAAUGCCGACGCGAGCACCGCGAGUGCCUGUUCCAGAAGCAAGAGCGCACAGGGAAGCGUCGCGAGGCACCGAAAUGGACGAGACAGAGCGGGUCAGUAUCGAAUAAUACGUCUUCGACUCCGCGAGAGGACGCUGUGCAGUCCGAGCCUAGCCGUGGCGAUUCGGCGGCGGAGAACCUGCAGGCCCAAGAUGGCUCCGACGAGUCGCCCUUGACAGACCCGGUCAUGUCGACGAUCUUUACACGCCCGAGGGAUGCGUUGAAUGUACUUUUUGAUGCUGCUCAGGUACCGGGGGGAGACCAGGGAGGGCUCCCUUCAGCACAGCCGGGUUCAGCCACAAACCUCGUAUCGGAGAGUGGUCAGGUCGCCGUGUCUGCGCUGUCCCAGCCAAGUGAGGAAGUACUGGAUCUUUGGGACAAAUGUCGCUUUGUUCGGCAGGGCUGGUUCACUGCCCAGGAGGCAGUUACCUAUCUUGACUUGUUAUAUCGGUGUUUGGCGCCGCUAUCCCCUGUCUUAACAGAUGACUAUCGAGACCAUGAUAACCAUGUACGUCUGGUCAUCGAAGAGCCCAUGUUGUGCUGCACACUGCUCACUAUCUCCUCUCGAUAUUUCAUCCUGCCCGGUGCCGGGGGUGUAUCUCGCAGCCACUUCAUCCACCAGCGAUUAUGGCAGUACUGCGAGCUCCUAAUCCGGCGCGUAAUGUUCGGCCAGGAAAAGCACUCUACUGCAAAGACGCGCAUUGUCGGUUCAAUUGAGAGCCUCAUUCUGAUAUCCGACUGGCAUCCUCGCUCCGUCCACUUCCCACCGGACACAGAAGGGUGGGACGGCGAGCUUAUUUCCCCUGCAUACGACCGGCGCAAUCGACUACACACGAACGGAGACGUACCGUUAAUUCGGUGGCGCGAGGAUGUCUUCGAGCCUGCCCGUCGCUCCGAGCGCAUGUCCUGGAUGCUUCUCGGGGCGGCGACCAGUCUCGCUUACGAGCUGGGGAUAUUUGACGGCGCAGGCUCAAGCGACCCCAAGCUAAGUGCGCGGUGUAAUCGCGCUGCUAGACUGCUGUACGUGUAUGUGACUCAGAUGGCUGUCAAGAUGGGCUGUUCUUCGCUGCUCCCAGAGAACAUGCAGGUUGCGCAAGCAGCACCGGAAUCCAGCAUCGACCCCCAGUGGUCUGCCUGCAUGAAGCUUUGGUCGGACUUGACGCGGCUGAUGAAGACUGCGUCGGCGAUGUUCUUCCAGUCCAUGCCUUAUACCAAGCAGCAGCUUAGCUCUGGCCAGUAUGUGAUCUUGCUGCAGCACUUUUCCCCGUCGCUGGACAGAUGGCACGAGCAGUUCAAUGCAUCCGAUCUGCCUUUCGCCCUGAGCUCCGUAAUCCUCAUUGAAUUCUACUACCUCAAGGCGUGCACCCAUGCGCUCUCAAUCCAAGCCGUCGUCGAGCGAGCCGUCGCCCGAUCGUCAACCCAGCUGAACGACUCACUAGACGUGGAAUCAUGUAUCCUCCCUCAAGACUAUACGUUUAUCCAAGACCUCGUAAGCAGCAGCCGCAGCGUGCUCGAGAUAGCCACAUCAAUGGCAUCAGAGGGCCGACUGCGCUACGCCCCCCUUCAGACACUGGUCUGCAUAACCUCCUCAUCCAUAUUCCUUUUAAAAGCCACCAGUCUGGGUGCGCGACAUGCGGACCUGCGAAUAUCGCUGGAUACGUUGGAUCGAUGUAUAGUGGCCCUGCGGUCCUCCGGCACCGAUGAUAUGGACUUCUCCCUGAGAUAUGCUACAUUACUGGAGAAGCAUGUCUCGCGGUUUCGCGCCAAUUUCGUUCUUCCUGGUAAUGGCUCUGCAGUGGCCAACUCUGGGACUGCUGCAUCAUUUACUGCGUAUCAACCUACGCCCUUUUCUGUAAAUCAAAACCAGCAGGAUGACUCGCUUGGGCUUUCAACUGCGGCGGAUACCGGAAACCCGAUUAACUGGACGCAGCAGUAUGCAGGCCUGGAUCAGAUCUCCGGUGAAGACUGGUGGGCACGUCCAUUCGAUCCUAAUAUCGCGCCGUUUUCCAGCAAUAGUGGGGGACACGGGGAGGGUGUUUCUCUGGGGCUGGAGUUGGAUUCUCUGGAUUUCCUGUGGAAUUUGCCGCUUGUUGAUGAUGUAGAUAUACCGAGUUAG